CGGGGGAGACGGGGACGCCGCUGCCUCGGGACCCCGGGACCCCGGACCUCUCAGGGCCCGGCCGGUCGCCAAGGACUGAGGCCGCGGCCCGCCCCUACCGGCUCCCUCGGCCGCCACCGCCAGCCGGGACAGAAGAUGCGCUCCAGGAGCCGCCUUCCGCCGCCCCUGCUGCUCUUCCUACUGCUGGCCCUGGAGCCCAAGGUGCAGGGCUGCCCAUCUGGCUGCCAGUGCAACCAGCCACAGACUGUCUUCUGCACUGCCCGCCAGGGGAGCACGGUGCCCAGAGACGUGCCGCCUGACACAGUAGGCCUGUACAUCUUCGAGAACGGCAUCACCACGCUCGACCCGGGCAGCUUUGCCAGCCUGCCAGAUCUACAGCUCCUAGACCUGUCACAGAACCAGAUCGCCAGCUUACCCGGCAGCAUCUUCCAGCCGCUCGUCAACCUCAGCAACCUGGACCUGACUGCCAACAAACUGCGCGAGAUUACCAACGAGACCUUCCGCGGCCUGCGGCGACUCGAACGCCUAUACCUGGGCAAGAACCGCAUCCGCCACAUCCAGCCAGGCGCCUUUGAUGCUCUUGACCACCUCUUGGAGCUCAAGCUGCAGGACAACGAGCUUCGGACACUACCCCCGCUUCGACUGCCCCGCCUGCUGCUGCUUGACCUCAGCCACAACAGCUUCUUGGCCCUGGAGCCUGGUGUCCUGGACACCGCCAAUGUGGAGGCGCUGCGGCUGGCCGGUCUGGGGCUGCAGCAGCUGGACGAGGGGCUCUUUGGCCGCCUGCGCAACCUCCACGACCUGGAUGUGUCUGACAACCAGCUGGAGCGCCUGCCGUCUGUGAUCCGAGGCUUGCGGGGCCUGACACGCCUGCGGCUCGCUGGCAACACUCGCAUCGCUCAGCUGCGGCCCGAGGACCUGGCGGGUCUGGCUGCCCUACAGGAGCUGGACCUGAGCAACCUGAGCCUGCAGGCCCUGCCCAGUGACCUCUCCCACCUUUUCCCCCGACUGCGCCUCCUGGCAGCAGCCCGGAACCCCUUCAACUGUGUAUGCUCCUUGAGCUGGUUUGGGCCCUGGGUGCGAGAGAACCACAUCACGCUGACCAGCCCUGAGGAGACUCGCUGUCACUUUCCACCAAAGAAUGCUGGCCGGCUGCUGCUAGAGCUGGACUAUGCGGACUUCGGCUGCCCCGCCACCACCACUACAGCCACGGUGCCCACCACAAGGACUGAGGCAGGGGAGCCCACACCCUUGCCUUCUAGCCCAGUCCCGACCUGGCUCAGCCCCGCCGCGCCAGUCACGGAAGCCCCCAGCCUGCCGCCCACUGCCCUGCCGACGACGAUGGAGCCUAUUCCCCGGCCCCGGGACUGCCCUGUGUCCACCUGCCUCAAUGGAGGCACCUGCCGCCUCGGGGCAGCGCACCACCUGGAAUGCCUGUGCCCCGAGGGUGUCACAGGCCUGUACUGCGAGAGCCGAGUAGGGCAGGCGGUGCAGCCCAGCCCCACUCCACAGGCCACACCAGGGCCCCCACGGCCCCUGCCCCUUGGUGUUGAACCAGUGAGCCCCACCUCCCUGCGCGUGGGGCUGCAGCGCUACCUGCAGGGCAGCACCGUGCAGCUCAGGAGCCUCCGCCUCACCUACCGCAACCUGUCGGGCCCUGACAAGCGACUGGUGACCCUGCGGCUGCCUGCCUCGCUGGCAGAAUACACCGUCACUCAGCUGCAGCCCAAUGCCACCUACUCCAUCUGCGUCACACCCCUAGGGCUCGGACGGCUGCCAGGAGGCGAGGAGGCCUGCGGAGAGGCCCGCACACCCCCAGCGGUCCGGUCGAACCACGCCCCUGUCACCCAGGCCCGUGAGGGCAACCUGCCCCUCCUCAUUGCACCCGCCCUGGCCGCUGUGCUCCUGGCUGCGCUGGCUGCCGCAGGGGCAGCUUACUGUGUGCGGCGGGGACGGGCCGUAGCAGCUGCAGCUCAGGGCAAAGGGCAGGUGGGACCAGGGGCUGGGCCCCUGGAGCUGGAGGGGGUGAAAGCCCCCUUGGAGCCAGGCCCCAAGGCUACUGAGGACAGUGGGGAUGCCCUGCCAGGUGGACCUGAGUGUGAAUUCCCACUCAUGGGCUAUUCGGGGCCCAGCCUCCAAGGGGCUGUCCCUGCUAAGUGCUACAUCUAAGCCAGAUGGAGCAGCCAGCACCCUCUUGUUGCCAUAGUGAGUUCUUAGCAUGUAUCACCGGGACAUAUGUGGGAUGGGGCUGUGUGACCACGGUUAGCCUCUGUCCCUCUCUGGGCUAAGUGUACUCAUUUGUGAGCUGCUGCAGCCCAGGCAAUGAAUUCUGGUAGCCCCAGCCCAAGUGUGUACAGGACGGCGACUGCUGUCUUCUGCAUAGUGCAAUGCCAGGGCAUGUGGGUCCUGCCGUGUGCUGGUAACGCGGCCCGGGCCUUUCCAGGCUCCCCGCAGCUGACCAUGGAGACUGGGGGCCAGUGAAGGAAGCCCCCAGAAAGGAGUCGUGGAGCGGGCCCUUUGGCCCUGGCCUUGGCCCUAGAAGUACAGGAAACUGGAAGGGAAGGUGCUCUGGGCACGUGUGGAUUUGCUUCAGUUCCAUUUUUUUAGAAUAUAUUUAUAAAAGAUCCUUUCCCAUUUAUGUUGGGAAAAUGUUUUUCAAACUCAGUGACAAAGACUUUGGUUUUUGUAAGACAAACGAUGACAUGAAGGCCUUUUGUAAGAAAAUAAAGGAUAAAAUGGA